GUCGGUCCCUUUCUCGUAGUGAAGCUGCUAGUUCUGAAACAGGACAGGCAGUGUAGUGAAAGGCUCCCCACAGCCUAAACGGAAAAAAAUACGACAAUUUCGGCGUUAAUCAGAAACAUAGAAUCAGUGUCACCCGGCUUACAGCUUGAACAAUGAACGCCCAAGCAGGACCCCAGGCCGCUCCGGCUCCGGCUACCACUGUGAUUGUAGUCAAUCAGAAUCCGCGCCAGGCAGCUCCUCAUAUGCUGAGGGGGACGAGGUUAUAUGGCAUGGACGUCCGGGCUGGCUGCAUGGCGGUGGCCCUUACAUUUGGGAUCUUUUUUACGAUUAUAGGAUUUAGCUUGAUUCAGGUCCCGAUAAUUACGAAGAAUUAUGUAUCUAUUCUGGCCUUAGUUCCCUGCUGGUUUCUUGGAGGCUUUCUGAUCUACUUUCACGUGAAGGCGAGGAGGAAGGCAUUACGAGAAUUCAAUGAGCUUCCAGUUGAUCACCCUGAUCGCCAGAAGUACAGCGGUCUCGCCUUGCCCGCCAAUAUAGCUGCGGCAUACCCAGGAGCCAACGUCUACCAAUUCCCCACCAACGCACAGGGGGUAAAUGAUGGCAGCGGACAGCCAGCAGCAAUGGCGUCAGGACAGGCGUUGGCAUCGGGCUAUAACCCGUCUCCGCAGAGUCAGUAUCCACCUCCGCAAGGACAGUACCCACCACAGGGGCAGUAUCCACCUCCACAAGGCUAUUAUCCACAUCCGCAAGGCUAUUAUCCAAUUCCCCAAGGUCCCUCCGCUCCUCUACAAGAGCCUUCCUGCAAAACCAAGGAUGAUCCGCCGCCAUAUUCUGAAAUCUAAAAGACUUGUAUUCUCUUUGAAAUACCUCAUUAGUUCUCAUUUAAAUAUUCUGUUCUAUAGUACGAUGUUUUCACGAUUAGUCAGCUUAGAUUAGCAGUUUUGUAUAUGUUCUAUGAUGUGGGGCCGCCGUUGUACAGUGGUAACGCGCGCGGCUAUGGGCCGGAGGGUCCGCAAGCGCACAGGUUCGAUUCCCGGCCAUGGUCCGAGGUUAGGAAGGGCAUCUACUCGGGGCAACGGUCUCCCCCUGCCAAUACUUGCCUGCCCUUCACGGGGCAGGCCCGUCCUAGCCCUUGUCCAAAAAGGGAGUUUCGUGACGCUAAACCAAAAUAAAAGUAUAUGUUCUAUGAUGUAUAUAACGUUUUCUAAUCUUCAUGAAUGAAAAUGUUAUCAAAAAUACAUAACGUGUUCAUAAUGAUAAGUUUACAGUAACCUGUACUGUAACAAGUAACUAUGGUGCAAUUAGAGUAAAGAAAACGAAUAUGUAUAAAUAUAUACAUAUAUACAUAAAUAUGCAUAUAUAUAGGGGAUAGAUGAAAAUCAUUUGAAAUUAAUGUUUAGUUAUCUUACAUUAGUGUAUUAUUUCAUGCACUUCUGACAUCAGGGGAAAAAAUAUAUAUGAGUAUAUAUAUAGAUAUCUAUAUAUAUAUGUGUGCGUGUGUGCAUGUGUAUAUGAUUAUGUAU